AUGUCAAAUGUAAUCAAAAACAUCGUAAUUUUAUUGGACUUUCAAACAAUUCUUGAACCAAUUAAGAAAGCAAUUGUUAUAUUUAAACAUAAAAGUGUCACUUUCGUUUGUUUAAGAAAAUUGGCAGUGAUUAUUAAGGAAUUUCCACAAAACAAAGGAUCGCGUGCCAUUACUUUUCAAAUAAUAUGCAAAAAGGCACUUUGUGCUUGGAAAUCUCUUGAGAGUAGUGAUACUUCGGCAAAUAAACUAAUUGCACAAUUUUUAAUGAUUAAUGCGAUUUCUCCUCAUAUUGUUAGUUGUGAAAGGAUAUUCAAAAUAUCAGAA